GCUCGGAGUCGCGCGUUGAUGACGUCACGUUAGCCCGUUUAGCCGCUGUCGCAUCGAGCACUUUGCAAGGCUGAUUUCACGCCAUAAAUACGGAGAUGUCAUCUUCAUGUGGUACCAGCAAUGGCUGCCAAGUUUCAGUUGAAGAGACCGCAGAGAAACAGGACAAGGAGCAUCCCCGUGUCCUGAUUCCUGAGCUGUGUCGGCUCUUCUACCAGCUGGGAUGGGUGACGGGGACGGGCGGAGGGAUCAGUCUGAGACGAGGAGAGCAGAUCUACAUCGCGCCGUCGGGCGUCCAGAAAGAGAGAAUACAGCCAGAAGACAUGUUUGUGUGUGACGUGGAGGAGAGGGACAUUAGCUGUCCACCUGCCUGGAAGAAGUUUAAGAAGAGCCAGUGCACGCCGCUUUUUAUGAACGCCUACACGAUGAGAGGGGCACAGGCAGUUAUACACACCCACUCCAAGGCUGCUGUCAUGGCAACGCUGCUGUAUCCUGGCAAGGAGUUCAGGAUAACACACCAGGAGAUGAUCAAGGGGAUUCGUAAGGGCACCUCAGGCACAAACUAUCGGUAUGUAAUCAAGCAGCGAGGAUUAGUGCAGUCCAAAGAGCUUCCAAGCGUUUUUGCUUCUCAGUCGAGGAGAGGGUUUGCAAAGCCGUUGUUAGCAAAGUAUCUUGGCACUCAGAGCAGCAAAACACAAACUUAAGUGUGAUGGAUGACACUUGACAUGCUGAACUUGACAUGAAAUGCUAACCCUGUGAAUAGACCGUGUGCGCUUCACUCAAAAGUGUCCGAAACUAAUGCUGCUCAUCUGCCACGGAGUAGUGAAAUGGAUAAAAAAACAAAAAAACUCUCCCACCAAGAAUACUCGGCGAAGGUCGGGUUCUGGCUCGAGUUCACGCGCCGUCAAUCAGACGGUAAAAAUUUCCCGCAUCGCCUGGUUUUGCAGCCUCCAGUUGUUUCCUGAAAACCAACUGGUUUACUGGCUUCACUAGAAUUAGGAAAAGCAUUUCCAUCGUACGUCAAAUCAACUGCGUGGAGAGUAGAAUUUCAUAAUAGUUAGCGGGGAUUUACACAGAAAACCUGUUACAUAAGCUCCUUCCUGGUCAUUUCUGUGCCCAUAGCUGUGCCUGGUCUUGUUAGAAUUUCCUUCAGUAACUGAUGAAAGUCACACAGGUGUCUCCCGUGACGCUGUUCUGUACAACACAUGAAUUGUUCUGGAACUUCAGCUGUAAAGACCUUUUUUUUAUUUGACUUUUUUUGGCUUUAAUCAUGUGCAUAGAAUCAGUCACAUCUGGGUGAAACUGCGUGCUUUGUCUUUUAAAAUGCAUCAACUCUUCUAUUUAAAAACCCAGCUGACAGUUUGUCAUUGAUAAAAGAGGCUGAAAGGAAUUUUAAAGAGCCCGCAUUAUGCAUUUGGGUUUGAUAAGAUAAGAUAAACUAUCGAGCCCUUACUGGUGAAAUGCCCCCAUUACAGCAGCUUGAUUUUUUUUUUUUAAGUAAAAAUACGAGUAAAAAAAAUGCAAAAGUAGAAUUAAGAUUAGAAUUUUUUUUAAAAAAAAGGCAUAUACAGAGCCUUACACAAUUAUUGGCUGGUUAAGAUGCAUUAAAAGCCUUAAAAUAAAUUCAGUUUUUAUUGCAGAAGCAUCCUCUCAC